CUCAGGUCCGACAUGCGACCAUCCUCACCUCGUAGGAUUCUCAACCUUGACAUGCUAAAUAUGCAAGUAUACCAUGUGCCCUGGGCCGACAGCUGGGCAUUAGGAUCGAAUGUGCAUAUUGCGGUUCGUACUUUUGGAUCCUGCUCCUACCGCCUUUCCAUCUGUUGUUGGUCUUGCGCGAGUUUCAUCAACUGGCCAGACCGGUGCGGCUGUAAUUGGGCAGCAGAGGCUACUAGAUUUUCCUUCGACACUAGCUGAGAAUUCCCGCUGCAGGCGAGCAUAGCUCAAAGUCCCACCACAAUUUGGACUCUGAGUCGCUCCCCUCCGCUCUUGGAGGACCACAUUCACUUGCUAUGGGCACCAAAGAUGAGCUCGGCACAUACACGACUUUGCGUGGCAGUCGGGACUCCUCUCGCAACGCCUCUGAAGACCCCCUCGACCAAGACGGCUCCACGAUUGUUCUGCAUUCCAAAAGAAGCAAAACCUUCAUGAACAGUCUCAUCGUUCCCACCCUCCUUGUUCUCCUCCUUCUCUCCAUCACACAAAUUAGCCUUCUCACCCUCCGCCGUGGCACUUCGAAAACUCUCUCAUCGAUGUCCGCAAUUACCAAUCCCUGUGGUUCAACUGCCCACGAAGCCCGCUCCCGGGGCUGUAAAUUCGAUCUCGGCCUUGCGAAAUGGCUCCCGCCCCAAUGCUACAACCACGAGCUGGACUCGGCUUAUCUUUCCAACUACUUCCAACCUUUCGAAUUUUACCGCGCGCUCGACUCCGACAGGAGCAAGCCCGACCUUAACAGGCGAAUUCUGACGAUUGAAGAGCUUUCGCGGACGAACGGGGACGUUCUGUACUCGACGUGGCGCUACCAUAUGACGCACUGCAUGCAUGCGGUGAAGUAUAUCCAUGCAGCGGCGAAGGAAGGGAGGAGGCUGCCAGGGAGUAUAUGUGGGAUUGAGCAUACUGAGCAUUGCGAGAGGAUUGUGUUGAAUGGGACGGUGGAUUUGGAUGCUGUAGGAGAAGGAGUUAAGGUUGGGAUGCCGGAUUGCGUACCGCUUGAUAUGGCGUGUUAGGGAGGUAUAAUCUAAGAGAUUUGACUGCUGUUCCGGAGUAAAUAGAAAGAAUGUAUCCCAUCAAGACGCGCGCAUCCACUUCGGAAGCC